AUGAAACCUGAUGAAACUCCUAUGUUUGACCCAAGUCUACUCAAGGAAGUGGACUGGAGCCAGAAUACAGCCACGUUCUCUCCAGCCAUAUCGCCAACACAUCCUGGAGAAGGCUUGGUUUUGAGGCCUCUUUGUACUGCUGAUUUAAAUAGAGGUUUUUUUAAGGUACUGGGUCAGCUGACAGAGACUGGAGUUGUCAACCCUGAGCAAUUUAUGAAAUCUUUUGAGCAUAUGAAGAAAUCUGGAGAUUAUUACGUUACAGUUGUGGAAGAUGUGACUCUAGGACGGAUUGUUGCUACGGCAACUCUGAUAAUAGAACAUAAAUUCAUCCAUUCCUGUGCUAAGAGAGGAAGAGUAGAAGAUGUUGUCGUUAGUGAUGAAUGCAGAGGAAAGCAGCUUGGCAAAUUGUUAUUGUCAACCCUUACUUUGCUAAGCAAGAAACUGAACUGUUACAAGAUUACUCUUGAAUGUCUACCACAAAAUGUUGGUUUCUAUAAAAAGUUUGGAUAUACAGUGUCUGAAGAAAACUACAUGUGUCGGAGGUUUCUAAAGUAAAAGUUUUUUAAGAGACAACUAACUGUAAAAGGGCAACAAGGCGUAAUACUCUUCCUAGAGUUAAAUUGUUUUGUUGCUGCAACUCACUGACCUCCAUAAAUAUUGGACUGAAAAAACAUUGUAAUACUACAAGUCUAAUGACAUUUAGAAGAUUAACUUGGGCUGGUGGGACAUGCUAUGAGUUUAGAUUACAAAUGAAUAUUAUAAACGGUAUGAUUUUUAACCAAAGGAAUAUAUUUUUAACUUGAAUUUUUUCUUGUAUUUUUCUAAAGUUUGGCUUCAUUUCUUGGUAGUCAAGAAUAUGGGUAGUAAGGAGUUAAAUGUCUGCUAUGUGUACCGCUCAUUAAAAAUAUAUACACUGAAUAAGGCUGUUUCUUAUCACAUUCAGAACAUUAGUAUUUGUUUUAAAGAAACGUAUCUAAAUACCACUUAGGGGUGUAUCAUUUACCAAAUAUUAAUUAUGUGGUACUGAGUAAGUUAGAAAUUAUAGCUAAAUGUAGUACACUCCAACAUUUUUUAUCUUAAUACCAGCAAACAACCUGGUCAGGUAAAAGGAGUAGAAAUGAAAAUUAACUUAUAAAAUGUGACAAGAUUGAAAGUAAAACAAUCUGAAUGUAUAGCUAAGUUUAUAUAAUCCUCAUAUACCACCUGUCUUUAUCUAUGAAUUAUUCAUUUGUUAAAUGUACCUAAGAGCAAAUACAAUGGGAUAUGUAAGGUACUAUUUGAGGAGCCUGAGUGGUGUAGUGGUUAAGUGCUAUGGCUGCUAACCAAAGGGUUGGCAGUUUGAAUCUGCCAGGCACUCCUUGGAAACUAUGGGGCAGUUCUACUCUGUCCUGUAGGGUCACUAUGAGUCGAAAUCCAUUCGACGGCAAUGGCUUUGAUUUUUUUUUUUUUGGGUAGUGUAGUGAGUGGUUAAGCACUCAGCAGCUAACUGAAAGGUUGGCAGUUCAAAGGCACUAGCUCCUUUGCGUGAGAAAGAUGUGGCAGUCUACUUCUUUAAAGAUUUACCACUUGGGAAACCCUAUUGGGCAGUUCUACUCUGUCCUGUAGGGUUGCUAGGAGUCAGAAUCAACUUGGUGGCAACAGGUUUUGGAAGGUACUAUUUAACAGUGAAUUAGCAAAUCCUGGGAUAUACUUCUCACCUGAUUUCUCAUCUUUCAUGGGUAUCAAGUCUCUUCUGAAGUAAUAUUUUUAUGAAAAAUGGAGUAUUACAAAAUUAAGUGAAUAUCUAAAAACACAUCACACUGUAUUUGUCGUAUUCUUAAAAUGCUGUUGGAAGCUUUUGUAUUUAAUAUGUUAUUCUGGUCACCACCCUAUUUGAUUUUAUUUAUUUUAAUUAUUUUUUUAAGUUGAAAAAAGAAUGAGAUACUUCAUUAAUGGUUCUAAUCUUUUGCAUUCCAUGUUACAUUAAAUCUGUUCAUGAUUUUGUUAGAAUCCUAAUGUGGUCUGUGCUUUUCUUAAGUAUUUUAUUAUCUUGAGUCUUGAGUCACAGUUCAUUAAAUUUUAGUUUUGUGUACUCUUUGUUAAAAUGAGCUUGGAAAGUAAAGACCAACUGUUUCCUACCUUUUUGACUCAUACCUAACUUAACCAGAUUUCAGAUUUCCCUCCAUGCAGUCACCUGAAGUCAGCUUUCCAAAACUUUUACAAUAGAAACCCUUCACCCAAGAUGGUACAACACUUAUCUGCUGAUGAGCUUCCCAGAUUAACUCUGAUAAUCUCUAGUGGGAGUCUUGGUGGCACAGUGGUUGGAAGCUUGGCUGCUAACCAAAAGGUCGGUAGUUCAAAUGCACCAGCCGCUCCUUGGAAACCCUAUGGGGCAGUUCUACUCUGUCCUUUAUGGUUGCUAUGAGUCAGAAUUGACUCAGCAGCAACGGGUUUGGUUUUGAUUUGGUCUCUAGUGAAAACAAUAAAGCUAGUUUUGUCUUCUCAGGAGUCCUGCAACCUUGGCUUUAUUAGGUACAUUCUGGUAAUUAAAAACCCAUGUUAAAAAAAAGCCUAGUAAAAGGCAAAAUUAAAUGCUCUGUUACAUUUGUUACCACUUAACAAUUUGAGAUGAAAUUGUCUUAAAGGGUUGGUAUUUCAAUAAAUUCGUUUAAAUGGUGUAAAGGUCUUACCUUAAAUUCUUUCCACAAGAAACGGAAUUAUAAGGUACAGUAUAUAAAAAUUGUGUCACUGAGGAAAAUGGUGACUUAUAUAUUUAACUUCAGUUAACAAGAGUAUGUUUAUGAUUUUCUAAGCUAUAUUGUGAGUAAACUCAAGUACAAAAAAGCUUCAUAAAACAUUAUUUCAUAAUAUAUGAACUAUAUUUACCACAUUUUGGAGCACUGUUUGCUUCUGAAAAGAUAUAAUGAAGUGGCAGUUGUGAUUUUUACUGUCUCAUAGUUUGUACAUUUGUAUUUCACUGACUCUUAAGGUGCACAUUUUUUUACACUUGAAACUUGGAUGCAUUUUAUGAUCAAUGGCUUGUCAUAGUUUAGUCAGCAAUACUUUGCCUUUUAUUGGUAUCUAAAAUAAUGGUAUAGUUGUGAUGGCAACUUAGAUGUGAUGAAAAACAGAAUAUAGGUAGGCUAACACAGGCAAAGAGGGUACUGUAAGAAAAAGUAGUAUUUUUUAAUGGGCUGAAAGAUGUUCUAUGGAUGACCUACUCUUUCUUUUGGACCUGAUUCCCUCACUUCUGAUCGCAAACUUGAUCAACUAACCCUUCAAAAUACACUUAAGGUGGAAUUUUUAAUUCACAUGGACUAUUGAUAUUUUUUCUGUGCGUGACCACGAUAUUUUGAGGGAUACUCUUAAGUGGUUCUCAAUAUCUCAUGUUCGUUCAUCCUUUUCAAUCCACGGGAGUAACACUGGAUUACUUUAACCCAGAAGUUAACAAUCUAAGUAAAGAAGUUCUGAGGCAUAGCAGUAUAAAUAAACUUUUCAAUUUUUUGAGGUAUAAUGGCACAAUAGUUUAAUACAACCACCACUCUUCACAAAAUAAUUUUAAUACUUUGUGCCGAGGCUAGCAGCAUUUUGCACUGUGACAUUCCUACACACACAUAUAAGCAUUUUAUCCAAAUACAAAUAUUUGUUAAAAGCAGAGUAAAGCAAUUGCCUAUACAAAGGUAAAUAGACACUGUAGGUUAUUUUUCUUCUUGAAUCAUUUUGCUGCAUAGUAAAUUGCAAUUACAUGUCAGUAUAAUGUUACUGAUCUAUAGAAUACACUUUGAACUGUGAGGUAUGACAACUCCCUAUGAAAGGGAGCUAACAUGUAAACCUGAAUAUUUCUGAGUGAUUUUUUUUUUUUAGCUGCCAUGGAUGGGUAAGACAAAAAAUCCAGCAUUCAAAGACCCUAGAAACUUACUUUUUCUAAUCAGAAGAAUUAAAAUCUUUUAAUUUUCAGAUACUUCCUAUCCUUACUGGAGCAAUGUCAAAUACACAAAGAUAUAAAUAUUGAAAUGAAGUUUGUUAUGGAAUUAUGGAUUAAACCAGUUAUUAAAAAAAAAAAAUCCGCCAGGUAACUGCUCAUUUACUUUACAUCAAGUUGAGACCCUGAUAUAUACAUCCCAACUUUAUAAUUCAAGACUGCAGUUAAAUACUUGUAACUCACUUGAAUUUCCAUGGUAAUAAGACAAUUAGAAAUCUUAUAUUUUCUUAAAAAAGACAUGCUUAACAUUUUCUGACAUUACUUCUAAACUCAGACAAAGCACAAAAUCCCCCAAAACUAAUAUUCUGCUCUAAAAGUUAAGUGGUUGAGAGUUUGUAGCAAAUGCUAUCACGGUUUAUCAUUUCCACCAUGGAGUAGAUACCAAUAAACAAAAGUAACUGCUGUUUAAACAUCUAGUAAGAAAUUAACAUGAACCAAUUAGCUGAAAUUAGAAGAAUACUGCCAUUAAGAAUUAGAAUAUUUUCAGUAUUUAAGUUAUUCAUACUUCCGAAAUAGACAGUAAUGGCAGUUUUCCUGUUUUCAUACAAUGUCACUUUAAAUUCUGUGCCCAGAUUACAUACAUUAUUCAAAUACUCUAGAAAAUAAAUCAUGAUUGGUUAAAUGUAUCUUGGUUAACUGUCUAUCAGAAAACAUUAGUGGAAACAAAGGAAUCACAGAAAUGGAACCAAACAGUUGAAGAGCUACUAGAAGAACUACGUAACAGUAGGUAGAAGAAUGGAUUCAAGAAAAAAGAAACUUGCAGUGGAACAAAGAAUAAACCCUAUGUAAUGCCCACAUUAACACUGUAACCAAGAUGAAGCCAGUCCCUUUUUCUAGUGUCUGUGAGACUGUAAUAUACAGUGCUGGGCAGGCACUUUAGUGACAGCGUAAAAAUUAUAGUGGAUAGAAAAAGUGGAAAAUUUUCAGCUGUAAAUUAAUACCAAUAACCAAAAUCUGUACUUUUGGUCAGACUACUAAAAAGAAUAUGUGUACUUAAGAAACAAGAAAAAAUCUUAACUGCCUCAUUUUUAAAACCUAAAUUUACUAUUAUGAAGAAUCUUUUAAGCAGACAGUUUUGCAGAAUGAAAUGUCAUAGAUUCUUAGCUUGUAAGACAGAUCUUUGCUGACCUAUCCAAUAGUGAAUUAUACCCAGGAAAGCUGCGUUAUCUGGCACUUUACCAACUGAUAUUUCUGAACACCCAAUGCAAAUCUUGACCCCACUAGACCACUACACCAAAUGACCUAAUUACACAACCGAAUACUGGACCACAAUGGGACACAAUGGGAUUAACAAUAUGCUGUUUUUAGGGUGGUGAAUACCACAGAAAUUAACUCUUAAUUACCAAAGCAUUUUACUUCAUUUCCACUCUCCCACUCUGCUGGACAAAAAAGCUUUUACUGUAUUAUUACAUCAAAGGGAGAAAAAGAAAGCAAGUAACUCGGUGUAAUAAGUUACCUUGCAUAGUACCUCCUGGUACCAAGAGAAUGUAUGGAAAUCAUUCCCAUUAGUAAAGCACCUCAAGAGAGGACUGAAAACUGAGAUACAAAGAAGUUUUGUUUGUGCUACCCUAAAGUCAUAAGCUACAAAAAGUUAAAAACACUCCUCUCCUCCCUCACAUCACAUACUUAAAUAGAAAAAAUGUUUUUCUUAAAACAAUUGUUAUAUGUAUAAAUAAAAACAUGGAGAACCAAGGAUCCAUAAAGUGACUUUGCUAAUGCAAAUUAUGGGGGGACAUUUGGAUUAACUUAAAGAACUCAUUAUAAAGUUAAUUUAAAACAGACUAAAGUCUCCCACAAAUCACCUUUCCCAAUAAAUGCAUCUUUAAAGAAAAGCUUUUGUCUGAGCAACCUCACAGAAUCAUUAAGACAACAUAAAAUGAACAGAAGUAAACGUUCCAUAUUCCAAAUAAUUUACUGAGGUUUUCAAGCCUCAUACUCUCAGUUUUAACUAAUUUAUGGUUUAAAAAAAAAUUACAGAAGAACAUUAAGAACUUUUCACUGUUCUACAUAUUAAUUUGGAGGUCAUGAGGAUUUAUCUUUUUUUAAAAUGAUGCAAGGCACUUUUCUGGGCUUCAUUUAAGAAAAAGAAAAUAGUGCUACACUGGUAUAUCAUACUCUAUUUAGAACCAUUUUGGACAAAGAAAAAAGACUAGGUGACUCUGAAAAGAACAAAUACAACAUUUGGCUUUUACCAAAAGAAAUGUAAAACAGAAAGUCAUGUGAAAGUUAACACUAUCCUUUUUUGGAGCAUCUGGUACUAUAUUUUCCUUUGUUCAUUAAACUUUUUUUUAAAUAGAAUAAACAAAUUAGGAAGGUAAUAGAAAAGGAAGCAAUAAUUGGAUCAUAUUAAAGUAAGAGAAAUUAGCUAAUGUCAUGAUUUAAGACUAUUAAUAAAGGAUCAAGAGAAUUAAAAAAAAAAAAGGAUAAUUAAGGUAUUGAGUGAUACCAAAAAAGAAAU